AUGACAAACCUCCUGAAGAAGAUGUCUCGCCUAACGGACAAUGACCCAAGAUCCAGGAGGAUCCCGCAGCUCGAGCCGCACCAAGGCCGGGAUAUCCUGGAGAAGAAAUCCCUACCCGGCAAUGCGCACCAAGCGGAAGAGGUGCGCGAGAACCUCCAGCAGCUUCAAGAAAGGGCAGCCAAAUCGAUGAUGCGGCAGGUGGAUGUGGACUGUGGGCUACACUACAGUGAGUGUCCUGGGCUUCCAGGAAUACCCAUGAGCUCACCAAAAGCUAGGCGAAAGCAGCAUCAUGGAAAGCAGGAAGACGUCUCAGGGAUCUUCCUGGGGGCUACCCAGAUCUCCCCUGCUCUGCCUGUUCCUGACCUGCUGGUUCCCGAUGUUCCUGUGCCGACGGUCGAUGCUCCGCCCCCUGUGAUUCCCACACCGCCUGUGCCUGAUGUUUCUAACCUGCCUGUGCCUGAUGUUUCUGACCUGCCCCCAGAGGUUCCCACUCCACCGAUUCAGGUGUCCGUGCCUCUGGUUCCAGUCCCGGCAGCUGACGCGCCACCCUGCGAGGCUCCAGUCCCGGCAGCUGACGUGCCGCCCUGUGAGGCUCCAGCUCUGCCCACAGAGGCUCCUGCACCACCUGUCCCUGCUCUGCUCACAGAGAUCCCUACUUUGCCCGUCCCUGAGGCUCCUGCUCUGCCCGUGGUUCCAGUCCCUCCGGCUCCAGUCCCCCCGGUUCCUGUACCUCCGGCUCCGUCCCCCUGGUUGUUGAUCCAGCUCCCACACCACUGGCUCCCUUCGUCCCUAUCCCUGUCCCCGAAGAGGUCCCGGACUGUCCGACCACCGCUCCUUUCCCCUGGGGAAGGAGGAGCUUGA